AUGGCAACACUAGUCACUCCGGCUGCCCGGGCGUCCGAACUGAUGGCGCAGGGACGCAAGUCCGCCGCCGCCCUCGAGGCCCUGCUCCAGGUCCAGGACGACCACGCCGGGAUACGGGAGCUCGCCGCCGAGAUCCUUUGCUGCUGCGACCGCGCCCUCGCCGCCCUCCACGGCAAACCAGGCCGGAAGAAGCGCAAGUUGGGGCCCCAGAGCGCAGCCACUGAGACAACCCAGACCAAAAGAAGGACGCGCGCGAGCAGCAGAGAGACGGCGGCGACGCCGACGAGGGUGGAGACGAAGCAGAACUGGGACGACGGCUUCGUGUGGACCAAGUACGGGCAGAAGCACAUCCGGGGCAGCGACCACCCGAGGCACUACUUCAGGUGCGCCGAUUACACGCUCGACGCCGGCGGCUGCCCGGCCAGGAGGCAGGUCCAGCGGUCGGAGGAGCACGACCCUCCCCUCUACGUCCUCACCUACUUCGCCGACCACACCUGCUGCCACGGUGGCGAGGCGGCGUUCGCCGCCUUGGACGACGUCAAGAUCCUCGACUUUGGGUCCGUGGGCAGCCGCUCGCCACGGCCUGACGACGGUGACGAUCCGAGUGGAAAAACCUCACUCUCGGAGGAGCUCCCAGCCGAGGUGGCCAAAGUCGAGUCAACGCCGUUGCCAGACAUGCGGCCGGCGGGGAAAGUGGCGGAGCUGAGCUCCUCCACCGACGACAUCCAUUGUUCCUCCUCCUGGGAGUCAGCGGCUGUCUGCUCUGACUGGGAUUUCUUUGGCAACUGCUCCUUUGAUUACGUUAGCGAGUUCUUCGAUGUUGAAGACAUUGCUUUGUACCGAUAG